AUGGAGCACCCAUCAUUCGUAGUGGAGCGCGUGCCGCCACUGCCCACAUCCGUUGAUGGUGAGGCCGGGAUUACAGAUGAAGCCGCUAUCACCAACGAUGAACAGCCAUCACAACCUCCUUCCCCUAGGUUUGAACAUACCGUUUCAGACCAACUCUCUAAAGAGCACAAAGAGAUCGCCGCAGGUCCCGUGCGGAACGAGCUCAAGCGUCUCGACAGGAGGACAGACCCAGACAGUCAAUACUACUACGUCGAGACAGUCUUGAGAACCAUCGACGAGUCGCAGCAAGCCAAUUGGUGGGACAACUUCGCACUCUGCCUGAUCCGCGAAUAUGACUACUCGAACUUCUACGUUCAGAGGACGUAUCUCCAAAUCAAUUCGGAACAUAUCAAGGCCCUUCUGAAAGACACCAUCGGCGAAUAUCCGGGUAUCUCGUUCCACACUAAGGAAAUCAGUGUCGACGCUCCCUAUCACGUACUCUUCCACUAUCGCCAAGCCCUUCGGACAGCCAGCGAAGCCUGCGAAGUCGACUCCGAGGCCGCGGCUCAUGCCAAGCUCUUGCUCGGAUGGAUCGACUCCGAAUUCAAGGACGUCUCGGAAGAGACAACCAACCUUAUCGAGCAAGGCAUGAUCUCGUAUAAGCAUCUCUGGACACUCCUUGCCCCUGGUACACUCAUCUACGCCUCCGUCCUCGGCCAAGCGCGUCUUUUCAAACUCCAGAGCUAUGCUUAUGGUAUGGCGGAUUUGAAGUUGACAUUGACGUAUCAUGAUUUCGAUGGCGAGGAUUUUGGUGAUAUGGAGAGUGUCCGUGCUGUUAGGAACUUUGCAGGCGCGAGCCAUAUUACUGAGUUGAGCGCUUAUCCGCUGGGGUACCAUGCUGAUCCGGAUGGUGUGAAGAGUGAGCUUGUCAAGCGUGGGAGGCGAUUUGAGGACUACGCAGGCGUACACUUUUGUAACUACUCAGGCAUAGCUCUCGAGCACUCAGGCUGGUCAAUGAACCGCUUCAGUACCUCGGGCCGCGUGGUCGUAGAUGCCAAAACGUUCCACCGCCUGAACCCCGACACUGCCUUUGAAGUCGCUCGACUUGGAACUGAGCCUGCCGCAGUUCUAGUCAAGUCUGGCACUGUAUUCGAGGUCAGUCG